AUGCUGUUUGGAUUCCAGGUUGUUCACUUGAAGGUUGCAGCGGUGUCUGUCGGAGCUUUCUCUCUGUACUUAGUCAAGAAAGUUCUGUGGGACCUUUACUGCAGACGCGCUUUGGAUGUCAAAAGGAGCGCCAAAAUCGCUAGCCUUCUAGAGGCUAAGUCCAAAUUUUCUUCUUACAUCGAGCAUCAUCCUAUUCCUCGAGACGAUGUUGAUAUGAUCACAAGGCUUCCUCUUCCUGAACUCAUUGAAAAAUUGAAGAAACAAGAACUUCCACCGGCUUACGUUCUUCUGGCCUACCAACACAAAGCCUUUAAAGUUGAUAAAGAACUUAAUUGCGCAACCGAAUUCCUGUAUCCAGAGCUCACUGAUGUGAAUCUCAAAGGACCACUUGCUGGAGCUCCAGUCAGUCUCAAGGAGUGCUUUGAGAUCAAAGACCUGGAUACUUGCUUGGGAUGCUCAUGUUCCAUCGGUAUUCCACAAGAAGACGACUCUGUAGUCUUGAAAUUGAUUCGUGACCUCGGUGGAGUGCCCUUUGUUAGGACUAAUGUUCCACAGACUAUGCUAAGCACCCAGUGCAGCAACCCAAUCAAUGGAGUGACCUUGAACCCACUGAGAACCAACCGCACUCCUCACGGAUCAAGUGGAGGUGAAGCGGCCCUUGUGAGUGCGUGUGGCUCUCCCCUAGGUUUGGGCAGUGAUCUUGGUGGUAGCAUUCGUCUCCCUGCUGCCAUGUGCGGUAUCGUAGGAUUUAAACCAACUGCCGGACGUCUUAGCGCUCGCGAUCCCGAAAACUCUGCGGCGGCAAAACCCAUUGCACCAACCUGGGGUCCCAUUUGUCAUGAUGUAGCGUCUUGCCAAUUAGUGAUAGAGGCAUUGUUCAAUUCUCCUCUCACGCGAACCCUCGAUCCUGAAUGUCCUCCUGUUCCCUUCCACCAGAUUCCAAAAGACCGACGUCUCCGAAUUGGCUACUUCUUAAAGCUCGAGGAUUUAGUUCCCGUGCCAGCCGUUCGUCGUGCCCUUCUUAGUGUUCGUGACAAACUUAUCUCACGUGGUCAUGAGCUAGUGGAGUGGACUCCACCCUUUACAGGAAAGGAGUAUAUAGACAUCUUUCUUCGUGGCAUCUUCUCCGAUGGUUGUGAGUCCAUCAAACGUCGCCUUACCCAUGAUAAGCUUGAUCCUUGCAUUCGGCUUAUCUACCAACUUGCCUGUAUGCCGUGGUAUCGACGGUGGUGGCUCCAAAUGAAGUUAAAACUUACGGAAAGAUGGGAUCUUUUGGCGUUAACCAAGGCCGUGCGUGGAUUUUCGGGGGUCCCUGAUCUAGGAACCUUUGUCCAGACACUUAAAGCCUUCCGCCAUCUAGUUAUGGACAGUCUCCGCGCAUCAUCCAUCGAUGUGGUUCUAUGCCCUGUGGCUGGAUUCGCUGCGGCUUUGCCGAUUAACCCUCCUUACGCCAGCAUUGGUAUGCUGGUCUUUCAGAACCUUGCCAACACGUUAAAUGUUCCAGCUGGAUGUAUGCCGUCGGAAUGUUUCGUAGAGGAUCGAGAUAUUCAGGUGUUGGAACAGGCAGUAAACGGCGUGACAAUUAAGUCGGCGAUGGAUGAAGAGGAAGCGAAUUUCUACACGGGUUAUGGAGCACUGUCAUCUCUUCAUAAAAAUAUGCUUCCGCUUCAACGAGGGACAGAAGGACUACCAAUUCCAAUUCAGUUUAUGUCAUUACCUUGGCAGGAUGAGCUCUGUCUGUUUGCCAUGAGGGAAGCUGAAUUGGGUAAUCAAUGUCCUUCCAGUCUGCUGCCAAAAUUGUCGCCUUAG